AUGACCGACCGCAUCGAAAGCCAAAAAAACCUGUACAAUGUCGGCAUGAAACAUCGCCGCGGCGUCCUUGGUGAUGCCUAUGUCGACAACGCCAUCGCCAACGGUAGCACCGAGUUCGCACGUGCCAUGCAAGAAUUCACAACCGCCUUUUGCUGGGGUGCUGUCUGGGACCGCCCCGGUCUCGACCGCAAGCAGCGCUCCCUUAUCAACCUGAGUAUGUUGGCGGCCACUGGCAAGGUCCACGAACUGGCUGUGCACACUCGCGGAGCCGUCAACAACGGUCUGUCGGCGACGGAGAUCCGCGAAGUGCUUGUGCAGGUGUGCAUUUACAUGGGUGUUCCAGCCGGCAUGGAAGCCUUCAAGGCUGCUGAGAAGGUCCUGAAGGAUAUGGAGAAGGAAGGUGUGCAGAUAAAACCUUAA